AUGCCGACGUCAACGGUGGCCAUCACGUUGGACCUGGGAUGCUGCCGCUGCAGGACCAAGAUCCAGAAGAUCCUCUGCUGCCUCCAAGAACGAUGCGGGUUCGUCUUUGACAAGGUGGAGUACGACAAGGACAAGGUGCUCGUUUCCGGGCCCUUCGACGCCAUGGACCUCUGCUGCAAGCUCCGGUGCAAGGCCGGAUGUUUCGCAACCAAAAUUGAGAUUGUGCCCCCGCCGCAGCCGAAGAAGAAGAAAAAGAAGAAAAAAGAAGUUCCACCGCCGCCGCCGCCGCCUCUGCCUCCGCCUGUGGAGGACUUCAAACAGCCCGAGCGAGCAACGUGCAAAGCGCUAAUCCCAUACCCAUGCCUGUACCCAUAUCCGUACCCGUGCCCGUCCGCGUGCCCAAACCCGCAGCCAACGUGUCCAUCCAGUUGCGCUACGCCGCGCUCCUGCCAGUGCCACUCCUGCAGGCCGCCGCCGCCAUGUCCGACACCACCACGGCCAUGUCCGGCACCGGUGUGCAACAAGUGCCCAACAUGGACGCCGUGCCAGUGCCGUGGCUACCCGUGGGUCGUCUGCUGCGAGGAGAAACCCGACGCCAGCUGCGCUGUCAUGUAA